UCAUAGUAGAGGUGAUAUCUUUUAUUAGAGCAACAAGAUUUUUCAAAAAAAAUUCUUUAAUUGCAAGCGUUUGGGCACAAACGCCCAUCAUCAGGCAUUGGAGAAAAGAUUGUAAAAGUUCUCCUGAGUAGAAUGGGAUGAAUGGGAAUUAUUUCUUCAUCUGUGGGCUCAGAAUCCCUUUUAGAUGUAGCAUUGACAAAUAAGACUGUAGUCCUAAUUUUCAUGCAAACCAGAAAAAUUCACUUAAAUUGUCAACCAUUGAGUCCUUAACAAGCUGUGUCUUCCUUUCAUUCGUUGUUUAAACUGCUGCUUACUGCUUGGGUCACAAACAUAAUGAAUUUUCCAUUCACACCCAUGUUUUCCAAAAAUGCUUCUUCCCUGCAUGAAUAAAAGCAGUUUGGCACAACUGCCAGUCUAUAUUCAGGAACAGCAGAGAAUGCUGUAGUUCAGGAUGGAGGGGCAGUGACAGAACUGCUUGGGUGCUGCUGAUGCAUACAUGGAAGCUGACUUGCAACUGCCCACCUGUCUCUUGGCACCAUUUUUUCUUUUUAGAACAGUCUAGCCACUCAUUUAAAAUUUUUUUUUUUAAAAAUUAUUUUAAGACUGAUAACAGCAAGGCAAGUAGAUUCUACUAAUCUAAAAAAGAAGGUUCAAGGAAGGUAGAAGAGCAAAAAGGAAAUCUCCUAAGAUGCUGACUGUGGGACAGCAGAGGGAUGUGUGCGUGCUGUUGAAUUGUCUUGUGCACACACUUGCAUGCAAAUCUUAUACACUAGGUAUAAGAUAUGGCUGCUGUUCUUAACCGUAGAAAACAUUAAUUCAAAUGGAGAUAUAGGAAACAGAAGCAUAGACGUGGCUUUUUACAGUGAUGUCACACGAGAUUUUGCUCUGUCCCUGGAUCUUUCGUAUACUUUUGUGUAUGUCCUUGGGCAAGCUAAUUAACUACACUGUACCUCAGUUUUCCACAUCUUUUGCUCUAAUAACAAUUAACAGAGGCUUGUAAUACUAAGACAUGUUAAGUGCUUUGGAAUUCUUGGGAGAAAAUGUUGGAGUAGGGCUAUGUUACUGGAAUAGCAGUAUGAUUUUAAGGGUGGGUGAGGUUUUUUGCUUGGUUGUUUUUCUCUUUCAACUUGGAGCUACUACAUUUUAGCAUCCUUCAUUUAAAGUGUUUCAAAUGCCUUUCUGUGAGGGAUAGAGGGGAAACAAUUCUCUCUCGAGGUGCUGCUAACCUUAUGUGCUUGUUUAACAGUCAAAUUACGUUUUGUUCUGUUUUGUUGUUGUUGUUUUUUAAGACUAGUCUGGAUGAAUCACUGGUAUAGUCAAGCAUGGAAGUUUCCAUGUUCCUAAACUGGAUGACAAAAUGUAGCUGUAAGUCUUGGUUUUAGAAAUUCUAAAAAUCAAUUAAAAUGUUAUCCUGAAAUGGUUCAAUACACUGGUAAGUGUCAUUGAUAAACAAAUGACGUUGUGUUUAUCGGACUGCAGUCCAAACAUUGCAUCAUUGUUCUAGUGUGGCACUUGGCACCUUUUUCAGGCAGCAAGCCAGAAUGACCCAACUUGGGCACACGGCAAGCCAACGCUGGAAAGUCUCCUGCCAUCAAACACUGCUGAAGUGCACCCCUCACCCCCAGCCAUAGGUUGCUGACCCCUGUUCUAGUGUGUAAGGGCUUGAUGGAGAAAUUGAUUGGAAAAAUGACAAAUGCAAGUAAACUAGACAUUAAUGAAAUGAAAGCAUCCAUAAAUUCUUGUUCAGCCUGCCACGUAGCAGGCAGAGAAGUGAAUAGAAGCUAGAACUACAUGUUCAACUCCAUUCUAACUGUGGCCCCUGGCUGAUUGGUCAGGCCAGCCAGCCACCUGGCCCUAGUGAGUAUAUUUAUAAAUACAUAUUUCAUAUCCCACACUGUUUACUAUCAAGUAUCAACACAUUCCUCCUUGCUGUUCUUUGUGCUAAUAUGCAGAUUUUUUUUAACUCAUCAUAGGUUCCUUGUCUGUAAAGCGCAUGCACACAACUCUAGUCUUUCAAGGGGGAUGUGUAGUAGUCAUUUAAUACUCUAGAGAAAGGAGUAAGUCCUAACGGUUCUAGGCUAGGAUGAGAGCCUGCAGUUGCCUGUUCCUGUGGGGGUGGCGGUGGUGAUUGCUGAGAAUAUGCAGGAUGUCCAAGAAAGCUUGAGCUGGGCUCUGCAGCUAUAGGAAGCAUUUGGUGUGGGUAAGAGCCACACUCCCCCAGGAGAGGAAACCCAGGCAGCUGACCUAUCCCUCUUUGGCCAUUUACUGUGGCUUUUUUUCUGCCUUUAAUGCUGGAGAGUGAUUAAAGCACUUGUCUAUAUACAAAUACCAUAAAGAGAGGAGACAUCACACAAACCAGGGCAAUUGGUGAGACACCUUUAGAGUCCUGGUGACCACAAGAGCUUCUCAGAUAUAGCAGCUCCUAUCUUGGUGUUUACAAAGGCAUGUACCAUCCAGCUUUUUCACAAAUUAUCUUGUGUAGGCUUAUGGAUUUGAUGGUGAUUGCAGUAAGUAACCUCUAGUAGUUAAAAACGGAUGCUAAUUACCCCAAAUCCCUUUGUGGGUUUUUUUUUGUUUGUUUGAUUUUUUUAAAUAAGGUUAUGUCCAUAAAAAAUAGCAGGAUAUGGGGAGGUAACUCUUUCUGAAGUCCAACCCCUUACCCAUUAGCUUGCUUUCAGGAUAGCUCUGAACUUUUAAAACCACCUUUGUCAAAAUCCUGUAUGGGAGGGUAGUCCCUUAUUUUACACUACUGAAAUUACCUUAGGGCUGUAUUUUUAGAACUGUGUAAUAGAAAAAAACAUACUGAUUAUGAAAAUAUCAGGAUAUGAUCAACUGUAGGAAUCCCAUCUCUUUACCCCUCCCUCUUGUCUUCAAGAGGAGGUUAGAUAAGCAUCUAGCUGGGGUCAUCUAGACCCAGCCCUCUUUCCUGCCUAUGCAGGGGGUUGGACUUGAUGAUCUAUUGAGGUCCCUUCCGACCCUAGCAUCUAUGAAUAAGAAGAGGGGCAGCCUUGUGCUCCGCUUCUCUGUACAGGAGGGAUGAAGCCACCUUUCUGUAUCAUGAUCUCUAAGCUACUGCAAGUCACUUGCGGGCACCUGCCCAUAUGAGCUUGAUCUCUGUUAAACACUGUGACAGAUGAAAGGAACUUGGAAAAUUUCAAUUAUUCAGAGAGUAUCUGCCCAGGAUACUUGAUACUUGCUGCAUGCCUGCCUUCCUGUAUUUUUUUGUCUUGCUUCCACUAGUGUUUUUCCAGUCCUUUUCACCUAUUCUCAUCAUCCCUUUUUAAGGAAGACUAAAAGAGAAGGAUGUGUAUAUGUGUGGAGAGGCUUUUCAGGAAAAUCUAACAAGAAACUGGAGACCUAGCAACCCCUGCCAUUUGCUGAGUAGAUCUGAGACUCCUUCAGCAUUUUUUUGCUGAUGUGGUCAGCUAUGUCCCAGAGGGAUGGGGGGAGCACCCUUGAGGUGAUUGUGUUGCAGAGCUGGGUAAAGUGCUUGGCUCGGGCCAAAGCUGUCUUCAUGUUUCAGAGCUCUCUCUCUUUCAUGGCCAAACCAAUGCUGUGUUUGAACUAACUCAUGGGCAAACCUGUCCAAGGAAGACAGCAGCCUGACAAUCUGUAGUGGGCUAAAGAGCAUAAACCACAGGGGAGACUAUUUUGCAACUCUUGUGAAAUGGAGGUGUAUCUGUUCUCAAAACUGGUAUCUGCCAAUAUGUUAUCUUCUCUUUCUCAGGCCUCAAACAACCUGAGCCUGAUUGAUAUAGCCUAUAGAUUAUGUUCCCCUAGCAAGCUGGAAAUUAGGCAGCAUCACAGAAUCUAAAGUAAAACAAUUUCUCUUUGCUUUCACGAAGGCAAAUGAAUAGUGUCUUUUACCAGACUGUUCGUACAUCCUGCUUGUAGGUGGCUGGAAAAAGCCGUAAGAACAGCUGCCUUUAUGAUGGCUUUGGUACUUUUGAUCUUAGCCAGGAUCUGGCAGCGGUACAAAAAUGACUAGGUUGAUAAGAGAGCAUAUGUGGAUUAAUUCCAUGUCAAAUUUGGGAAAUUUGCAUUUCCUUAUUUUCCCCCUUCCCUUUCCAGAUAAGUUUUUACUGGUUCAUCUAUUUAUAUCUGUAAAUGUGGGAAGGGGGAUAUUACCCUGAGCUCUAUAACCUUUGAAGCUAUGAGAUGUUUCAAGGGUAGCCACUUACAUGCUCUUGAGAACCAAUUAAUUCACUUUAGUCAUUCAGUCUACAUCACACAUCCAUAUUGUUUAUUUACCCAGUUAAACUUGGAGAGGACUGUAUUUUGAAUGCCUGUUUGGGUACUUGAAUCCAAGAUGAGCUCCCCAUCCCUUUGUUUUUUUGCUCUCUUUUUUUCAGGCUGCCGAGUAUAUGAUUUUGGAGAUCUGAAUUUUACUCAGGUGCCUAAUGAUGAGCUGUACAACAACCUGGUAAAAUACCCACGGUCUGUGGGAUUAGCCAGCCAAGUGCUGGCUGAUGCUGUAAGUGGAGCAGUGGCUGCUGGGCAUAGCUGUGUAACCAUAGGAGGUGACCACAGCUUGGCGCUUGGUGCCAUUAGUGGCCAUACACGACAGUGCCCACACCUCUGUGUGAUCUGGGUGGACGCACAUGCUGAUGUCAAUACCCCACUCACAACCCAGUCUGGAAACCUCCAUGGACAACCAGUCUCAUUUCUCUUGCGAGAGCUCCAGGAUAAAAUGCCACAGCUUCCUGGGUUUUCCUGGCUAAAGCCUUGCCUCUCAGCACCUGAUAUUGUAUACAUAGGUCUGAGGGAUGUGGAUCCNNUUAACAGCUAUAUUUUGAAGAACUAUGACAUCCAAUAUUUCUCAAUGAGAGAUAUUGAUCACCUUGGAAUCCAGAAAGUUAUGGAAAGAACAUUUGAACACCUGAUGGGCAGGAGACAAAGACCAAUUCACCUCAGCUUUGACAUUGAUGCUUUUGAUCCUUCACUGGCUCCAGCAACAGGAACCCCUGUUUUAGGUGGAUUAACAUAUCGGGAAGGCAUGUAUAUUGCAGAGGAAAUACACAAUACAGGAAUGCUUUCAGCAAUUGACCUGGUAGAAGUAAACCCACUGCUUGGAGCCUCUCAGGAGGAAGUGAAGGCUACAGCCAGUCUUGCAGUAGAUGUGAUUGCAACAUGCUUUGGGCAAACAAGGGAAGGGGCACAUACUGUUUUUGAUGAACUCCCAACACCUAGUUCACCAGAUGAAUCAGAAAGUGAAGAGCAAGUGAGGAUUUAAGACUUCAAGUGUUGAACAUUUCUGAGCUAUACAAAGCCACUUGUGCAGCUUGAGCAAG